AUGGUCAACCGUGGACGCUCCAGAGCCUGCGUCACAUGUAAGCAACGCCGUGUGAGGUGUGACGAGGCGAAACCCGAGUGCCAAGCGUGUCACCGACUGAAGCUUCGCUGCGGCGGCUACAACAGGCCCAAAUCUGUCAAGCUAAAGUUCAAGGACCAGAAUCACAAGUUCUGCAACACCAACCAAGAUGUCAAUUGUCGCAGUCAGAAUGUCGUGAAAAGGUCGACUAGUUCGGGUGGGCGGUCUGAGUUGGAUGUUCAAGACCAGAAGGCUGCGAGGGCUUUGACUACGCGGCAGCCUUCUGAGCCCGACACCGCCGUGCCGUUCUAUCUUAGCCAUUAUGCCAGCAUGGGCCGCGAUAUGGGAUCCACGCGCGGGUUCUUCGAAUUGCUCAUUCCAGCCUAUCUGUCGGAACGGGAAGAAUCGCCACUCUCGCUUGCCGUUUCCGCCUUGGCUUCAGAGAUCUUGUCCUUGUGGCGGCAUGACGCCAGCAGUUUCCGAUCACCGCGGAAGUCCUAUUCCCAGGCAAUUACGCGCCUUCGGGCUGCAAUACAGGAUCCCGUAGAACGUGGCAAGCCGGCAACUAUGCUAGCCGUGCUGGUGCUGCAGACAUACGAGAAUGCCUCUGCGGUUUAUGAUCUUCGCCGGGUGUCAAGCACGCACCACAAUGGUGCAGCUUCUUUGCUCUCGUUUCUGGGCUCGCACGACAUGGACGGCAUAGUGCGAGCCUACCUACAAAAGUUUAUGCUACAUACCGAAGUUUCAACCGCAAUACGUCAGAAAAGGCCACUGAGGAGUAUCGCAUACUCAUGGAUUGGGAGCCAAGAUACGAUGGCUGUGCCAGACAACCCCAGCGCAACACUCGAUGCCAUAGGGAUAUCCGUUGCUGAAUUGCAGGCCAGCUACACGCAGUUUGUGACGCAGGGUAGCCCCACGACAUCGUUGGGCCCUUUUCUGAAAGAGUGGAUGGCGGAUGCAAAAUCGGUUGAUGCAGAGCUUCUGGCGUGGACGGAAGAUGUACCGCAUCACUGGAGACCGGUAAGGCUAAUAAGUGGUCGGGAUAUUGAUUCGUCCAUACCCACCUACCGGUCUGUUUGUGAGGUGUAUCCUUCCUGUCAAAUUGCCAGCAUUUGGAAUCUAUGGCGGUUCCAACGCCUCCUGCUCGCCAAGACCACACUCGGCGCCCUCAGUGCACUCUCAGAUCUGGGCUGCGCUGGGUCCGCCAAUGGGCAUGUUCUCUAUCACAGUUCAGAUUUCGUCAACUGCCAACAAUUACUCCAAGAACUGGUCGAUAGUGUGUGCUACAGCAUACCCUUCUAUCUCGGCAAUCGAACCACCCCAGUCAGUCUCACAGAUUUCACUGACCGGAUGGUUCUUCUUCCCAGUCAUUAUUCACUGGGAGCGGAAUCACGACUGGAUAGGGAUGGACUCGAUGCGGGCAUAUCGAUGGACGACCACAGGCGCCACGUCAUUGCGCAGGGGCCGUGGCGCGUCAUGCACCCGCUGAGCCACCUGUUGACGCUCUUCUCAGAAGAUCACGGAGAGCUGAUAUCGACCUUGCUUAGGCCUGGACAGCAGGAAUGGAUCCGCGAGCAGUUCCUGCGUGUCGUCACGUUGCUGCAUCUUCCGUCGGAGUCGGGUAAGGACAUGGAGAGUUCAGAUUCGACGCCAUCUGCAGAUUCUAAGGCAGAGUAUCUGGCCAGAGGGAUUAGGAAGGGCGCAAUCCUUAUGAGUGGGCCGUAA